AUGCAAAUUAUUUUCAAGGAUUUUAAAAAACAGAAGAUUCCAAUUGAAGUGGAUCUUUCUGACACAGUUUUAGCGACUAAGGAAAAGCUUGCUUCUGAAAAGGAUUGUGAAGUAUCUCAAUUGAAGUUUGUUUAUUCUGGUAAGGUCUUGCAAGAUGAAAAAACGUUGGAAUCGUUCAAGAUCAAGGAGGGAGACUCGAUCAUCUUUAUGAUCUCCAAGGCAAAGAAAGCUAGCCCAGCUCCAGGGCCAGCCAAAGCGGAAGAAAAGACGAGCACAGAUGCUAGUGCAACAACUGAGAGCACUAAUGCGAGUAGCACACCAGCAGCUGCUAGUGGAGCGUCGACGAACCAGCAAGGGUCGGAGCCAGGAUCAGCAUUUGCUCAGGGUGAUGAUAGAGAAGCGACUAUUCAGAACAUUAUGGAAAUGGGAUACGAAAGACCUCAAAUCGAGGAAGCUUUAAGAGCAGCAUUUAAUAAUCCUCAUCGUGCGGUUGAGUACUUGUUGACUGGUAUACCUGAAUCCUUACAACGUCAUGCAGAUCAAUCGACAUCAGCACCGAUCGGAGAAUCUACCACCAAUACUACUAAUGAUCAUGAAGAAGAACAUGAACAUGACCAUGAAGGUGAAGAAGGACAAGGUGAAAACUUAUUUGAAGCAGCAGCAGCUGCCGCGGCUCAGGGAGAAGGUGGAAAUACAACAAGUGGUGCCGGUGGAGCAGAAGCUGGUGCUGACGACUUGGGUGAAGAUAAUCAAAUGCGCUUGUUGAGAACUGCAUUGCAAACAAACCCAGAAUUGAUCCAACCUUUAUUAGAACAAUUAGCUGCAUCUAAUCCACAAGUGGCAGCCUUAAUUCAGCAAGAUCCAGAAGGCUUUAUCAGAAGCUUUUUAGGAAGUGGCGAUGAUAUGGGAUUUGACUUUGAAGAAGGUGAAGGUGAAGGUGUCGAAGGUGCGGGACAAGGAAACGAACCAGAAACCGUUCGUAUUGCAUUGACCGAACAAGACGAAAGUGCUAUAAAUAGGUUAUGUGAAUUGGGAUUCGACCGUAACUUGGUGAUCCAAGUUUACAUGGCUUGUGAUAAAAAUGAAGAAGUGGCUGCUGAUAUUUUAUUUAGAGAUAUGUAA